AUGGAUGGAAACAGGAGCUUCUCCAGCGAUUUCACGCUGGUGGGGCUCUUCCCUAACACUAGGGUCUCAGGCCUCCUCUUCGCCAUCAUCUCCAUCAUCUUCUUCGUGGCCAUGACGGCCAAUGGGGUCAUGAUCUUCCUGAUCCAUGUGGACCCCCAAUUGCACACGCCCAUGUACUUCCUGCUCAGCCACCUGUCGCUCAUCGACAUGCUAUACAUCUCCACCACUGUGCCCAAGACCCUGGUGGACUACCUGCGGGGCCAGAGGACCAUCUCCUUCGUGGCCUGCACUGCCCAGUACUUCCUCUACAUGGGCUUUGUGGGGGCCGAGUUCUUCCUGCUGGGCCUCAUGGCCUAUGACCGCUACGUGGCCAUCUGCAGCCCGCUGCGCUACCCGGUGCUCAUGAGCCGCCGCGUCUGCUGGCUCAUCCUGGGCAGCUCCUGGUCUGGUGGUGCUCUGGACAGCUUCCUCCUCACUCCCAUCACCAUGCGUCUCCCAUUCUGUGCCUCCCACAAGAUCAACCACUUCUUCUGCGAGGCACCCACCAUGCUGAGGCUGGCGUGCGGUGACAAGGCUGCCUAUGAGACGGUGAUGUACGUCUGCUGUGUCAUGAUGCUGCUGGUCCCCUUCUCAGUGGUGGUCGCCUCCUACGCCCAGAUCCUCCUCACCGUGCAGCAGAUGAGGUCGGCCGAGGGGAAGAGGAAGGCCUUCGCCACCUGCUCGUCACACAUGAUGGUGGUGACCUUGUUCUACGGGGCCGCCUUGUACACGUAUAUGCUUCCCCAGGCCUACCACACCCCACUCAAAGACAAGGUCUUCUCCGCCUUCUACACCAUCCUCACGCCCCUGCUAAACCCUCUCAUCUACAGUCUGAGGAACAGGGAUGUGAUGGGGGCCUUGAGGAGGGUGAGGGCCCGCCGUCGAGGGGCCUGCGCUGCGGUGAAGGGUGGACUCUGA